AUGGCGAAUCCACAGUCGAGGAAGACUGAAGCUCCUGAGUGGUUGGUCGAGCAAAUUAAGAAGGAAACUGGUACCUCUCUGGCUGACAUUGAGAAGGAGUGGGCAGUGCAGCUAAAUGCCAGGCAUGACCAGUUGAGGACUCUUGAGCGCGAGGGUCUUACAACUGCAGUACGCUUUUUCCAGAAAGUCGCAGAGGAGGGCCCCGACCGGGUGUUUUUGGUUUACGGAGGGGCGAGUGAAGGAAAUGAUGAUGUGGAUAGCUGCACACAGUGCUGCACGAGGGUCUUGACCUACCGCCACGUAGAUCAUGCCAGCAACAGCGUCGCAGCGUGGGCAACCAAAUUAGAGGGUAAAGGACCUACCAAGUGUUGUUCUUGUGAGAUUAAAAAGAGUACUCAGUCGUGUGCAGAGUGCACACGCAACUCCCAUGUAGUUGCCUUGAUGAUGCACAGCAGUCCAGAAUACUUGAUAGUGUUGUUCGGCCUCUUGAAGGCAGGUAUCACUGUAGCGCUGUUGCAUCCUCAGCUUCGAGGGUGCCUCUUGCGCAAGGCGCUUGCAGAGGCAAGUGCAGAGACGCUGAUCUGCGACGACCUGACUCUCAGUUCCAUGAGGACAGCGUGGCUGAAGCCAUCUGGAGAAGAAGCUGACGCGGCGGUGGCUGCUGUUCGUCUCGAAGACGAAGGGCAGCCCGGCUCCUAUCCUUGCUCUGUGUACGUCUGUGGACUAGCAGAUGCGAAAGAGCAUGACGGGGAGCACAGCCUUAUUCCCCACGUGCACAGUAUUGUAAAGGAAUUCCUCACAGACGAAGAAGCAGCGCGGCACAAGAACACGGACAUACAAAAGGAUGGACAGCACAAGUGCAAGCCCUCUGGAUUCCCACUUUUAUUGAAGGAGCCGCUACGCAAAAUGGUCGGAUCCCUUUCCGAACGACCGGCUGGGGUAGGCGCACAUUGCGCUCAUAUGUCCCUCCCAUGUUGCUGUCUAUAUACCGCCGACCUCAAAGGGCACUUGCGUGCGACGUGGGUUUCGAACAGCCGUUUCCUCUCUGCAGGUUUUUGUUGGAUGCAAGCUGUGGAGUUGACUGAGUCUGACCGUCUCUUGCUAGGGGUGCAGCUGUCCCAUGAGGUGGGGCUCCACGCUCUAGCAGCAGCAAUUGCUUGUAGAGGGGCCUUGUUGCUGCGGUCUCGGAGCAGCUUGCUCAGUCUAUGGCCUGAUGUCAAGGCCAUGGAUGCAACUAUUCUGUGGCAUACGGGGAUGAUGUGGUCCCGGCUGCUGAAAGCCCACGAAAGCUUCCAGGGGGGUGACGAGGCGCAGCGUUUGGGCUCUUGGAGUGGCAAUCCCCAGCUGCGCGCUAGCAUAGGGACGGGGCUGGAUGGGGCACUGUGGCCAGUGGUGAAAACGGUUUUCAACAUACCCCGCCUACUCGAAUUCUACUCUCCACGGAACCUUCAAACUCCCCAAAUCCUUUUCAAUGCUUGGAACAUGCCGGGGGCUUGCGCUUUCGUGCCGGACUUCGCCUGGAAUUCUAAGGAACUCGAAAGGAUCGUAGAGUUCAAUGAGGAAACUAAUGAGGUCUACAGGGACCCUACAACCAAGAGGGGCAAGGAAGCCAGCCGAGAUGAGAAGACGCUUGUCCAGAGAGGCGAGCUGGUGUCCCACAUUGACCCUGAACACGGCCUAUGCCUCUUUACGAACUACGGUGAAACUGAGCAGUUUCUGUACAGAGACCUCCUGGAAGCAGGAGAUCUCUGGUGUCGAUCAGGGGAUAUAAUGGAGAGGGACGCUGCUGGAUUCCUUUAUCUGUCUAAGCGCAUAGGGUCCAGCUUCUUCAUUGAUGGAGAGGCGGCGCCGGUGCACGAACUGGCAAAGUCGCUUGAACACGAGUCCGGCGUUCGGGAAGCACACGUAGAAGGGCUACAGGUGUUCGCGAACCCGCAAGCAGAGGAUGAAGGAAAAGUUGAAGAGGAAUUGAGAGAGCAGCAGGACGGUUGGCCGGGGACAGUCUUCAAACUAUUGCAGAUGGGCCAGCAUCGCCACAGGCUUAAGUGCCUUAUUGCUUGCAUUCACGCAAAGCUCGAGGCCAGUGAAAAGGAAGGAACCGAAGGAAGUGGCAGCAAGGUGGCAGGCUGUGGUUCCUUAGAUCUCGACGAUAAUCUCGUUGUUCUGGGGGAAGAAAAAGAAAUACGCGGUUGGAAAAGGCAAGAGGGGGAUCUCGAGGAGGGCCUAGCUAUGAUUACAGUCCGAGCUUUCCUGCGGAGGAUCCGCAGCAGGCUUGACCGGGGCGUCCACUUGGCUAUCCGUCCGAAAGUCUUGAUGCUAUGCCUCUCUGCGUGCUCCAGCGAGGGCUGCGAGCACAAGCAAGAGGUUGUCAGCUGCACGUCUUGCUCUUGCAAGACUGACCAGAAAGAAUGCCAGUGCUCUUGCGGUUGUUGCUUGGGCUGUGAGAAGUGCUUCUGUAGGCGGGAGAGCCUGGAGGGCCUCUGCGACCUGGUAGCCAGCCAGGAUUGCUGCUCGCCAGGGAGUGCUUGCAAGGUGGACUGCAAGCGUUGUUGCUUCCUCUUCUACGCUGACUCAAACGGCGACGCCUUCGUUCCUCUUACAAAAGGAAGCUUUAGGGAGUUCGUGUGCGAGAGCUAUCCGACCUUCGGCCUCUAA